ACCAUUCAUAUUGUCUGUGAUAAAAAUUGAUAACAGGUUUUUUAUUUGGCUAGUUACUUGUUGAUUUCAUUUAUCAUAAUCAAUAAUAGCAAAAACAAAUCCUCAACACGGAAACUCUGUUCUAGAAUAGAAAAAAAAUGCAGUUAUGUUGUAGUGUUUUCAUGUUUUACAUAUUCGAAAUAUUUUUCGUGUUAACAUGUAUUCUAAAUUCAAGUUGCGGCCGAAGGUUUGAUUACUAUCCUGGUUAUUAUGGAGAACAAGAAAAUAAAGCAAAACUUGCUUUGGAGAAAUUAGAACAUGCACCUCAAUGGGUAAAAAACUGGCCUGAUGCUUCGGUGAAGAUGGGCCAGGUGUCUGGGGUGGCACUUGACAAUUCUGGGAAUGUGCUCGUGUUCCAUAGAGGUCAUAAUGUGUGGGAUGCAAACACAUUCUCUGACAAGGACAUAUAUCUAAAUCUAGCGGAGCCUCCUAUAUCACAACCAACAAUUCUGGUAUUCAAUGAAACUGGAGAUCUCAUUGAUAUGUGGGGAGAAAAUCUGUUUCACAUGCCACACGGUAUCACAGUGGACAGCGAGAGCAACGUGUGGGUGACGGAUGUGGCAAUGCACCAGGUGUUUAAGUUUAAUCCACAGGACAGGGAAAACCCCGUACUAGUGUUGGGGGAGAAAUUCGUGCCCCGUGAUGAUGAAACCCACUUCUGCAAGCCCAGUGCAGUAGCUGUAAUGUCCAAUGGAGACUUCUUCGUCGCUGAUGGUUAUUGCAAUACCAGGAUCAUCAAGUAUGCUGCCGAUGGUAGCAAGCUGCUGCAGUUUGGGCGCCGCGCGGGCGAGUCCCCGUUCGUGUUCCAAGUGCCGCACGCGCUGACGCUGGCCGAGGACCGCGGGCUGGUGUGCUGUGCCGACCGCGAGCGCGGCCGCGCCGCCUGCUUCCGCGCAGACAACGGCACGUACGUUACCGCCUUCCGCAGCUGGCUCAUAGGGCCGCGCCUCUUCAGUGUGGCCUACGCCCCUAUACAUGGCGGUCGUCUCUACGUCGUGAACGGCCCCAGCGGUUCCCGUGAGAUACCAGUUCGUGGCUACGUCAUAGACUUCAACUCUGGCCGGCUCAUCCAGACUUUCGCACCAGACGGUGGUCUCUCCAACCCUCACGACGUAGUGGUCAGUCCUGAUGGCUCCAGGGUGUACGUGGCAGAACUGAACCCGUACAAGGUGUACAAGUUUGUGGACGACCAGCUCAAGAAUGAAAGGAAAGAAGUCAAGAAUGUCACCAUCCCCGCUAAGCCUACAGCCACCAUCGAGGCGAGCAGCGUGGGCGCGGAGGGCGCGCGCUGGGCGUGGCGCGGCGCGGCGGCCGGCGCGGCGGGCGCGGCGCUGCUGGCCGCCGCCGCGCUGGCGCUGCUGCGCGCGCGCAACAACGGUAAGGGCCGCGAGGCGCAGCCGCUCAUGUAGCUGCCCAAAGGGACCUAGCCAUACCCCUGCCCGGUGGCACCGACGCAGCACUUCUAUCUAGACAGCAUCACGCCCAUAGACGGCACUCAUUUAUCUCCUAUUUCAAAAUAAAAAAAACUUUUCACAUAUUUUCAUGAUUUAUACAACUUUUUGUAGCAGUGCUCUGAGCCCAUGGUAGGUAUGGUAACUUACGUACGGCACAAUACUUUGUACCGCAUACGGUAACGAAUCAGUUUUAAUUGACGACAACAUUGUUAGAACACGGAAUAGAAGUGUGUUGGUAAAAACGGGCUUAGAAAACAAAGCUCAAAUCCAAUUUUAUACGAAUUAGAAUUGCGAGGAGAUUUAGGAUGUCGCCAAUCUUGGUGAUGUAGAUUAGGUGUCCGCCAAAUUGAAUUGAACUAUAUACGUAAAAUAUCCGUCAUAUAAAAAAGAGUAGGUACCUAUCAUGUAACAAUUCCUAAAUCAAAAUAUGUCCACAGAUUCAGUUCUAGACUAGAAAAUGUCCCGAAUAGAAAAAAUCACAGUACAAAUCAAUAUUUUGAAAAAAAAAAACGAGAAAAAGACUCCCCACUCUUUUACACCACAUUAAUCUCACAGUGGCCCCGAUUCCUGCAGACACCGCCUAAUUUUAUUUUAGGUUAUAUCCGUCAUUUUCGUAUCCGUCGAAAAGGAAAGGGACGGAUGAUUCACAGCUCUUAAUUUUAGGAAGAAUGAGUAAAUUAAUGUGUCGGGUUAUUGACUGACGUAAAAUUUUUAGACGGUUGGUUUAGAUUUGUGCUUAAAAUUGACGUGUGUUCCAUAAAUUUUAUGCUUGUCGAUUACCCGUCCCUUUCCUUUUCGGCGGAUAAGAAAAGGACAGAUAUAACUUAAAAUAAAAUUAGAUGGUAUUUACAGGAAUUAGCACCAUUAUUAUAUUACUUCGAAAUACAUUCCAAUUACCUCAAUUUUCUUACAUAUAUAAAAGUAGGUACUUAUAUGUAAAUUAUAAAUAAUCAAAUGACGAUAUAAAAUAUCCAAAAAACUGCCCAACUUAAUCUUCAUUUAUAAAUAUAGCAUUUAAAUGUUAGGUACAAAUUGAUGUGUGUGAAUAAGCAUUUAAAAAAAUAAAAAAAUAAUUAGGUAUUUAUAAAAUACUUAUACAUAGGGAAAGCGCUCAUUCAUUUCCUCUUGUUUAAAUAUUUUGAUCUCGUUUUCAUCUGUGACUUUGAUCUGAUUACUUGAAUAUACAUUAUUUUUUAUUAAUUUUUAAGUAGACUGAAGCACUUUUAUAAUAGUAAUUACUACUCUUAUUUAUUUGAAUUACAAUCGAUAAAAGUAUUGCUAAAAGAUACGUAAAAGUCUAUAUUCCGAUUCCUAUUAGGAAUUUCUGAAUAAUAAUAAAAUCCUAUAAUAAUAAUUAUAAUAGUGCCCUUUUCCAUUAUUAUAUAUAUAUAUUUUAAAUAUUCAUAAUUUAACUGUGUUGUGUUCCAUUCCGCCAAUGUCGAUUGUAACUCGAACCAAAAACAUGAAAUAAUCAUAAAGUGGGUGUAAUUAUUUUUUUAUAUUUUUCACCCAUUUUAUCUCCGUAGUUGUAAGGUGCUAACUCCACGAAUCUUUUUAGAUUAUUUAUUUAUAUUUUAUAUUAUUCAAGUUGUUGUUUUGUGAUGUUUAUUUAAGCUUAUAUAUAAUAUUUGGUAGCCAGAAGACGAAUGCAUUUUUUAACUAAAAUUGCCAACAAAUGCGGAAUUUAUAAUUUUUCACGGCUUAGAAGCGAGUUUAUAAUAGCCUAGUUUUCUAUUAUUACAAUACGCUUUUGAUUUUAAAUUGGUGUUUAAUUAAAAAACGAGAAUUCACAGCACAAUUUUCUUGUGUUCCUCUUCGGACUACAUAUUAAUCAAUCACAGUUUUUUAUACACUUUUUCACAAUUUUAAACCUUAUGUACUUACGUUACGCUUGUAUAUAGAGAUAGUGAAUAUUGUGAUGUAAGAAUAUGUUAUUGAAAUAUAUUUAUUGGAAGCAGC